AUGUCGAAUUUAGCAAGUAAAUCUAUGCGUGUGGUGAAGAACUACGCGAAAGCCAAAGUACGCGAGGCAACUUCCAACGAUCCAUGGGGACCUUCAGGUACCCAGAUGAAUGAGCUCGCCCAGCUCACUUACAAUCAAAACGACUUUGUAGAAAUAAUGGAAAUGCUCGACAAGAGACUCAACGACAAGGGCAAGAAUUGGAGACACGUCUUCAAGUCACUCACCCUGCUCGACUAUCUCCUCCAUGCCGGCUCUGAGAAUGUCGUCUUCUACUUCAAAGAUAACGCGUACAUCAUCAAAACCCUCAAAGAAUUCCAACACGUUGAUGAAGAUGGCAGAGACCAGGGUGCCAAUGUUAGGCAAAAAGCCAAGGAUAUUUCAAACCUCUUAGCAGACGACGCCAGACUACGUGAUCAACGUAAAAAUAGAACUUUCAUGCGCGACAGAAUGAUGCGUGGCGCUCCAGGUGGUUACGGUGCUGAUGAAGAUGCUGACCUUGGUGUGACUAGCAACAUGACUGGCAAUAUGGCUGCCAAUAGGCCAAGGUCUCGCUCUAUGCCUCAGAGAAGACGGCGUGAUGAAGAUGAUGAUCUUGCUCGUGCACUUGAAGCUUCGAUGAGAAGUCAAGAGGAGGAGCAGAGACGAUUGGGAGCAGGCCACAGUGACGAUGAUCUCUCCAGAGCUCUUAAACUUUCGCAGGAAGAGGAUGAAAGGAAGAGAGCUGAGGAUGCGCGUAACAAAGCUGAUCUAGACAACGCCAACUCGAAUGCACUGUUCGACGACUCUACUCAGAUCUGGGCACCUAACGCUUACAAUCAGCCUCAGCAGGUUGACUUUUUUGGUAACCCUAUUCAGUCGCAGCCUACAGGUAUGGCCGAUAUGAAUCUGCUACAGCCGCAGAUGACAUCAUACAAUCCUUUCCAGCAACAGCAAGAAGCGAUGGCGAUGCAACAGCAGCAAAUGAUGCUUCAGCAACAACAACAACAACAACAACAACAACAACAACAACAACAACAAAUGGCAGCGCAACAACAACAGGGUAUGUUCACAGGUAUGCUCUCUCCUCAACCACUGCAAGAGCAAAAGACAGGGUACAGAUCGAACAAUCCAUUUGCUACCCACUUGACUGGGAAUGUACCAGUACAAAAUGAGAUGGCACAGUCACAAACAUCACAAGCACCUGCUAUACCCUCUAACUUUGGACCAACGCCUGGAUUGCACCAUCGCCCAUCGAUGCCUAAUCUGCCAACAACAUCAGCGUCAGAUUUCUCACCAGGACCAUCAUAUAACCCUGGACUGAAUUUGAGAACUAGCGACGGGAAGCAUGAGAAUAUUGCAACGGCGUUAGCGUCAGGAUCUGGACAAGAUACAUUUGGGAAUGAAGGACUGCUGAGAAUACCAACAGGAGCAGCCAAGUUUGCACCACAGAAGACAGGUGGAGCAUCACCAUUUGGGUCAUCUAUGCCUAGUAGCGUGACGGGUAAUGGCGGUGGCAGUGGAUUUGGUGCACAGGCCCAAUCAGCAUUCUCGCAACAAGCGCAGGCGCAGGCGCAGAGUCAGAACCCGUGGAGUGUAAAUGUUAAUAGCAAUACCAACGCAGCAUCAUACACACAACCACAGCAAUCUCAUCAACAUAAUCAAAGUGAAACACCAUUCUUCACACUGUAA